AUGGGGAUGAGCCAUGUCCUCGAGGGAGUGAUGUUGGCAGGCGAAGACCAGGACAGUGAGGCGGCGUCGCCCAUGUACGUCUAUGAAUCCAAUGUCCACUGUGCCAAUGUGCUGUUGAGCCUGGAGGAGCAGCGGCGGCAGGGCAUCCUUUGCGAUGUGACCGUACUGGUGGAGGGCAGGGAGGUCCGCGCACACAAGGCAGUUCUUGCUGCAAGUAGCCGCUACUUCCUCCAAGUCUUUCUAGGGCCCAACACAUCACCAGGCGAAGCGGAGCCCAUUAUUGACAUGCCGGACAAGGUGACAGCAAAGGGUUUUGCUCCACUCCUCCAAUUUGCCUACACAGCCAAGCUGGUUUUAAGUCGAGAGAACAUUCAUGAGGUCAUCCUGUGCGCGGACUUCCUGGGUGUUCACAAUUUGGAGGACUCCUGUUUUCGGUUCCUGCAAGAACAGCUACAGAAUGACAGCCAUCAUGCUAGCAAUGGCAAGGUGAAAUAUGACGAUGACUUCACGGCCAAGGACACAAUGUUUUCUGAGCCAAAAUCUUUGGAUGAUUCUGCAGACACGAAGCCCCACGUAGCAAUCACCGUGCCACUUCCCACUGACCUUCCUCAAUGUCCUAAAUACAGAAAAUAUCACCACCAGAUCUCUGACAACAAGCUUAAUGGAGAAAACCACCAUAGCGAUGAUGAUGUCAUUUUGCCCCAUCAUACCUCAGUCAGCCCUGUAAGCUCACUGCUUGGAGACAACAGUGCUGCUUCACAAACUGUACUUACACCCUCAAGAAUCAAAGAGGAACCCUUUGUGUUUGAGGAAGAGGAUGAAAGCAAUGGUUGCAACCCAGAGUUGUGUUCUGAGGAAGUACUGGAGAUGGAGCUAGAGGUCGAAGGGGUUCCAGUAGCAGCAGAGCAUUCGCCAAGCAGAGGCUCACCCUCUUCCUGUCUGCGCUCCUACCUCCAGAGAGGUGGCCUGGAUCUCAGUGGUGUGCCCAGCGCCACCAUCCAGCAGCUACUGAGCAACAGACUGUCCCUCAACCACUUUGGGGAACUGGUUAAACACAGACAGAGGGAUAAGAUGGACUCUCAAGCGGACCUCAAGACAGGCAUUGCAGAUGUGCUGCCAGCAGUGUUGACUGGCAUUGGUGAGAACAUGGAUAGGCCAGUUUCCAAAGCCUCCUCCUCUAAACAAGAGGGGGAGCUAGAUAGGCGCAGUGUCAUUUUCUCUUCGGCAGCUGGCGAGCGACAAAUGUUGGCCCAUUCCCACAUGGAUGAGAAGUUCAGAGAAAAGGUCUCAACCCUGAUGCAGGUAGAGCCUCUUUCAUCUGGUCGGUCUAGCUUCAGUACCAGCUGCCCUGUUCCCAUCAAGACCUCAGCCCACUCUCCUCCUCCCUUUGAUGCUCAAACACAGACCCCCAGCUCCCGUUCCUCAUUCUCUUACCCAGAGGACGCAGGCAGUUGUAGCUCGUCUUCCAGCCUGCCCCAGUUUGACUUUUCCUCAUCCCCCCACUCAGGCUCCAUUUCUGGACUGUCUCACUGCCUGGCUGGAGUGGUGGACCAGAGGAGCACCCACACUGGAGAGGUGGUCUUCUCUCAGGGUUGUGCAAAUAUCAAAAGUGCACAGGAAUUUGGUGCCAGUGGUGGCAACUCCAGCGAUGAAUCAGGAUCUUUCUCAGAGGGAGACAGUGAAAGUGGCGCCUCCAGAAUCUCUGGUCCUGAGGUGAAGCUGCCCUUCCCUGUGGACCAGAUCACCAAUCUGCCACGCAAUGACUUCCAGAUCCUCGUCAAGAUGCACAAGCUGAGCUCAGAGCAGCUGGAAUUCAUCCACGACAUUCGGCGCCGCAGCAAGAACCGCAUCGCCGCCCAGCGCUGUCGCAAGAGGAAGCUGGACUGCAUCCAGAACUUGGAGGGCGAGAUCCGUAAACUGGUGAGUGAAAAGGACAAGCUGCUGAGCGAGCGCAACCAGCUGAAGGUUUGUAUGUCUGAGCUGUGGCAGAACCUCUCCUUCCUCUCCCAGCAAGUGUGCAGGGAGGUGCAGGGCAGUCAGCUGCCUACCGUCUCCGCCAGCAUCGACCUGACAGCCAUGCCACCGUCGCCUUCUCCCGAAGAUGAGGUAUCCCAGCCCAGAUCACCCGCGUCACAACACAACGAGGCAGUGUGUCUGUCGGAUGUGGGUCUCCAUCAUGGGGGGGAGGGUAGGCAGUACAGGGUAGAGGUGUCAGGUUUGGGGCAGGAGAACACAGAUUGUCCACUGGAGCAUGGAUCCGCUGAGGAAAUACGUAGCCCCACUGUAACGGUGGAUUUCUGUCAGGAAAUGACUGAGAAAUGUACGACAGAGGACCAGAAAAGAAGGGAUUGUACUUAG